AUGGACUACACCAUGGAAGACUCCCAAAACUCGGCGCCCGACGCCCUGGAAGCUACCAAGCUGAACACCUCCGGCCAGCGGACGGAGACGCAGAGCGUCACUAAGCGUUUGCAAGCUGAACUGAUGCAGCUGAUGCUUUCGCCCUCACCCGGCAUCUCCGCCUUCCCCGACGGUGAUGGUAACCUCCUCUCGUGGACUGCCACCAUCACUGGCCCGACCGAGACUCCUUACGAGAACUUGAACCUGAAGCUUUCGUUCAGCUUCCCUAGCACCUAUCCAUACUCCGCCCCCACCGUCCUCUUUAAAACUCCCAUCUACCACCCCAAUGUCGACUUCUCGGGCCGCAUCUGCUUGGAUAUUCUUAAGGACAAAUGGAGCGCGGUAUACAAUGUGCAGACUGUCCUACUCAGCUUGCAGUCUCUUCUCGGCGAGCCGAACAAUGCGAGCCCAUUGAAUGCCCAAGCCGCCGAGCUGUGGGACAAUGACCAGGAAGAGUUCAAGCGUCAAGUCCUAGCCCGACACCUUGAUUUGGAUGAAGAGUAG